UCAAAAUCCCAAAAACCAAAUCCGAAAAUCAGAGCCGUUGAGACUGUUGACCAGUCGUGUAACACAAUCAACUCUGAACACUGUGUCACAGGACUCGAAACACAACUACCACCAAACAAACCAGAAGGCUAAAAUCCAAGCGAGUGGUCCUCCCCUAUUUAGGACUCAGUGAGUCAGUGACUCGUCUUCGUCUGCUAGUCAAAAAACCAGCUGCCAGCGGUAGCCUCAUAAACUCUGUGUCGUCAAUUUACCAAAAUAGCCACUACUCGUCGUUCCAUUCCACCCACUGCCCUGCCACCUAUAUUUAUUGACUAUUUUUCCUCAUAAAUAAUAUUUAUUACGAACUGCUUUAUAUAUAGUUUCGCAUUUCUCUCAUUCUCAGAUUUGUAUAGAGAGAGAUAGGAGGAAGGAAGGUCUGUACGAUCCGAUUGAGAUUUGAUAAUGGCGGCAACGAAGUAUAAGUAUCUUAUUGAAGUGGAGAAGGCGAAGGAGGCCAAGGACGGGAAGCCAUCGCAGGGACCUGUGUAUCGAAGCCUGUUCGCUAAAGAUGGCUUUCCGCCUCCCAUUCCUGGAUUGGACAGUUGCUGGGAUGUUUUCCGUUUGUCAGUGGAGAAAAAUCCUGGAAACCCAAUGCUUGGUCGUCGGGAGACUGUGAACGGGAAGGCCGGUAAAUAUGUGUGGCUAACUUAUAAAGAAGUAUAUGCCAUGGUAGUAAAAAUUGGAAAUUCCAUUCGCAGUUGUGGUGUGGGGGAAGGAGACAAAUGUGGUAUAUAUGGUGUCAACUGCCCAGAAUGGAUUAUGAGCAUGGAGGCUUGCAAUGCUCAUGGACUCUAUUGUGUGCCUUUAUAUGACACUCUAGGUGCUGGUGCUGUGGAAUUUAUCAUUUGCCAUGCUGAAGUUUCAAUUGCUUUUACGGAAGAAAAGAAGAUACCUGAGCUGUUGAAAACAUUUCCUAACGCGGCAAAGCAUCUGAAGACACUUGUGAGCUUUGGCAAGGUUACACCUGAACAAAAGGAAACACUUGAGAAGUAUGGAGUAGCAUUAUAUUCUUGGAAUGAGUUUCUGCAACUGGGAGAUAAUAAAGAUUUUGAUCUUCCAGUAAAAAAGAAAAGUGAUAUCUGCACUAUAAUGUAUACUAGUGGAACAACUGGUGACCCCAAGGGAGUAUUGAUAUCCAAUGAUAGCAUCAUUACACUUCUGGCAGGGGUGAAGCGAUUGCUAGAGAGUGUAAAUGAACAGUUGAACGAGAAGGAUGUAUAUCUUUCGUUUCUUCCUCUUGCACAUAUCUUCGAUCGCGUGAUUGAGGAGUUAUUUAUCUGGACUGGCGCCUCAAUAGGGUUCUGGCGUGGGGAUGUCAAAUUAUUGACUGAAGACAUUGGGGAGCUGAAACCGACCAUCUUCUGUGCUGUUCCUCGUGUAUUAGACAGGAUCUACGCAGGCUUGACACAGAGGAUUGCGACAGGGGGUUUUGUGAAAAAGACAAUGUUCAAUUUUGCAUAUUCAUACAAGUAUCAUAACAUGCAAAAGGGGCAUGCACAUGGGGAUGCUUCUCCAAUUGCUGACAAAAUUGUGUUUAGUAAGGUCAAGCAAGGGUUGGGCGGUAGGGUGCGGCUUAUUUUGUCUGGAGCUGCUCCUCUUUCUACUCAUGUAGAAGCUUUCUUACGAGUGGUGGCAUGCGCUCAUGUUCUACAAGGAUAUGGUCUGACAGAAACUUGUGCUGGUACGUUUGUGUCACUGCCAAAUGAAUUGUCAAUGCUUGGCACAGUGGGUCCUCCAGUUCCAAAUGUGGAUGUAUGCCUAGAAUCUGUCCCUGAAAUGGGGUACGAUGCCCUUUCAGAUACACCGCGUGGAGAAAUAUGUGUAAAGGGAAACACUUUGUUUUCAGGAUAUUACAAACGUGAGGACCUCACCAAAGAGGUCAUGAUCGAUGGGUGGUUCCAUACAGGUGAUGUUGGUGAGUGGCAACCAGAUGGAAGCUUGAAAAUCAUUGACCGCAAGAAGAAUAUUUUCAAGCUUUCACAAGGAGAGUAUGUUGCAGUUGAAAACUUGGAGAAUAUUUAUGGACUUGUUUCUGAUAUCGAUGCGAUAUGGGUUUAUGGGAACAGCUUUGAGUCCUUCCUGAUCGCAGUAGUUAAUCCUAACAAGCAAGCAAUUGAAAGUUGGGCUGAACAAAACGGUGUAUCUGGUGAUUUCAAUUCUCUCUGUGAACAUACAAGGGUGAAAGAAUACAUACUUGGAGAGCUCAAUAAGAUUGCUAAAGAGAAAAAGUUGAAAGGCUUUGAGGUUAUAAAAGCUGUUCAUCUCGACCCAGAACCAUUUGACAUGGAGCGUGACCUUAUCACUCCAACAUACAAGAAGAAGAGACCCCAGUUGCUUAAAUACUAUAAGGAAAUCAUUGAUAACAUGUACAAGAGUGCAAAAUAAGCCCUAAUGCCUGAAAGAUUUACUUGAGGAGCCGGAAGACCUUGUUCAAUUUGACAAACUCAUCUCUAGUUUAUUUUGUGACUGUACAUAUGCUUAUUUGUACACCUGAUCAUUUGUGUACCGAAUUUGGAUGUACUUUAGAAAACCACAGAUAUGUUUUAUGCAAAUGAGCUAAACCAUUUACUUUGAUUC